CAGAGAGGGAUCAUUGCAAAAUGUGUGUCCUUGACUAAAGCAACAUUAUUUCCGGCUCGCCGUCCUGAGCGUCUCUGCUAGGAGCAUUUAAAUGGACAGAGACGAGGCUGAGCUGUCUGACAGCCGCUCCUUAGUCUGAACCGAGCCAGAUGAUGGAUGGAAACUCUCCACCGGCUGCUGCUCUGUCAGUAGUCCUGCUAAUUGUCGCCUUGUCGACCUCAACAGCUUUUCUGGAACCUUGCGACCUUUUAUAUGACAAUGCGGUGCAGGCAUUUUACAGCAACGACUAUAAAAAUGUGGUGCGCUACAUGGAAGGAGCGCUCAGCAGCUACAGAGACGUCCGGCGCACGAAAGUCCGGUGCCGGCUGAGGUGCCAGGACCAGCAUGCGUUUGAUGAAACCUUCUCGGACAUGCACUUCUUCGACGUGGUCCUCAGAAGAGCAGCGUGUAUGAACAAAUGCAUCGAGGAGAAACUCGGUACGCAGUCUUUGCACAAAGUCAGUGAGGAUGUGGUGCAGGACUUCAACAGGAGGAUCCCCUACAACUAUCUCCAGAUGGCUUAUCAGAAGUUGAAGCAGCCUGACAAGGCAGCAGCAGCAGCUCACACCUAUUUCCAGGCCAAUCCAGAACAUGUUGAGAUGGGUCAGAACCUGGAGCAGUACAAAGAGCUCAAGGACAUCACAGAAAACCACUUUGUGGACCAUGAAGCCCGGCCUCACCAGCACUCAUUCACAGCAGCGGUGAGGCUGUAUGACAAAGGCGACUAUGAGGGUGCCAUCGUUCUGUUUGAGGAGGCUCUGGUGGAGUACUACAAGGCAGAUGUGGAGUGUCGGGCUCUAUGCCAAGCACCGCAGAGUUUUGAGGGCCACGAUCACCUCCGCUACCGUUACAGCCUCCAUGAGCUUGUAUCAGAUCACUUCACUCAGGUGCUGCACUGUGAACAUGAGUGUGUCAGAGACCUCGCCACCCGGCCAGGCCGCCUCUCGCCCAUGGAGAACUACCUGCCUCUGCACUACGACUACCUUCAGUUUGCCUACUUCCAGGUGGAGAGGCUGGAAGAGGCGUUGCAGUGUGCUUUGGCCUACCUUUUAUUCCAUGAGGGAGAGGAGUUCAUGACAGACAAUGUGGAUUACUACAGAGAUGUGCUGGGACAUGACAGCAAACCACGAGAGAAAGCCGCAUGGUACCUAAGGAGGCAUAAACAAGAACUGGAACUCCUUCUGACUGGCAGCAAAAUCAUGGGUGCUGAAUUUAUCGAAGGGAAUUACUGGAGCAGCACCGGUGGAAGAGAAGAUUCGAACAGGAUUCCCUCUGGUACGGACGGAUGGAUGGAGUACGUUCCCAUCUCAGAGAAGAAGAAUGUCACUAUAGCUGCUCCACAACAUCUCAAAGAAGGCGGCCCCUUGCUGUAUGACAGCGUGCAGCUGGUGCAGAACUCUGCAGCCUUGAAUGGGACCCAGCGAGUGCUACUGGAUCAUGUUAUAUCUGAGGAGGAGUGUGCAGAGCUCAGACAACUGGCACACAUCGUCACCAUGGCAGGAGACGGUUACAGAGGCAGGAUGUCACCACACACUCCCAAUGAGAAGUUUGAAGGAGCCACAGUACUCAAAACCCUGCAAUAUGGCUAUGAGGGCAGGGUGCCCAUGAGGAGCGCCCGCCUCUUCUAUGACACCAGUGAGCGAGUGAGACGUAUUAUCGAGUCAUACUUCCUGCUCAGCUCCACUCUUCACUUCUCCUACACACACCUGGUGUGCCGGACAGCCAUAACAGGUCAGCAAGACCAUAGGAAUGACCUGAGCCAUCCCAUCCACGCUGACAACUGUCUGCUGGACCCUGACGCCAAUGAGUGCUGGAAGGAACCACCAGCAUACACGUACAGAGACUACAGUGCACUGUUAUAUCUAAAUGGAGAUUUUGAAGGAGGGGAGUUCAUAUUCACAGAAAUGGAUGCUAAAACAGUCACAGCAUCAGUGAAGCCCAAAUGUGGCAGAGUGGUGGGUUUCUCCUCAGGAGGGGAGAAUCCACACGGUGUAAAGGCCGUUACCAGUGGGCAGAGGUGUGCUGUGGCUUUGUGGUUCACCCUGGACCCACUCUACAGAGAACUGGAGAGACUACAGGCAGAUGAGGUGAUCCAGACAUUAGACACACAGUCUGUGUGGGGUCAGGGCCUCAGCAUCAAUCCUAAAGAUGAACUGUAGAAGCAGAAACACAUCCUCACCCUGUCCCAUUGAUCAGUUCCCUUUAUAUAUUUUAUUUAUUGACCUUUGGAUCAGAACAUAUAUUCUAUUUUUGUACUGUUUGAAGUGCAAGAUUAAUAAUAUUGUCACUUUGUGUGUUGUCUGUCAGGUGUGUUUUUGUGCUUCUUGACACUUCCCAUUGAGUUUACUUUUGGUUCCUUCUCAUACAUGUAGUUAAGAACAAAAUCCAGUUCUGGAAAAGUAGGCUGACUGUUCAUACCUGUAACCUCACUGAACUGUGAAGAAGGCAAAGAGAACAGCGGCUGACAUUUUCUGCUUUGGGCUGUGCUUGCCGUUGUUACUCUAGGUGAAUAUGGGUUUUAUUCAAAAACACUUACACUUACAAAAACACACCUUGGUCUCAUUGGUUAGUAGUUCAACUACCUUUCAUCUUUACAAAGGUAGAGUUACUGUAAAUAUGCUAUUGGUAAUAACAUUAAUUUAUUCCAUAUAGUUUUUCCCCUGUGCCAGUAACAAUUAAAUUCAAAGUAGGCAGUACACUGUUUUUUUCCUAAUUUGAGUAUCUGUCUCAAAUAUCACAUACAAUAAGAUAUGUUCUUAUAAGCUGAAUAUCUAAUGAUAAUGCACUCAGUUGUCCCUGUGUGUCAAGCCUGAAACUGAAAUGUCUUCUGUCCCUGCUUUUUCAUCCACUUCCUCUUUUUUGGGCGCACACAGCAAAAUACUGGGUCACAUGUUCACUGACAUGAUGCGAGCAUGUUUAUGUUUUACUUUUAUUUAUUUGUUUUUAAUAAGACAGCUGUUAUUAUAAUUGUCAGAAUUUAAAUAUGAGAAGCUUUAUUUUCAUAAAAGAUGUCAUUCAUUCCUGUUUCAAGGAAUACAUAUUUGUAAGAUCUUUUUUUUCUUUGCUUUUGUGUUGACCGUACAGAUAGGCGGAGUCGUGCACUGUAAAUCCAGUGGAAACAAACAUAAGAGAGUGGCUUUGGUUUUCCUACAUACUAUAGAUUCAAACCUCCUGUCCUGUUAUGAGGUUGGUCACUUUUGUUUCGCUGGUCUUUAAUUAUAAAAUUCUGUAGCACACAAAAAUGUAUAUGCCUAUAAAUUAAAAA